UGGUGAUAGGAUUCAUGUCGGUAAUAUAAAUGAACCCCAGCGGUGAGAGAGAGCGAGCGAGAGAGAGAAGGAGAGAGCAAUGGUUCUCCUUGAGAAGCUGUGGGACGACGUAGUUGCCGGGCCUCAGCCGGACAACGGCCUCGGCAAGCUCAGGAAGGUCAACAGCAAGUCUCCGGUGAUCAAAGACGGGGAAGGGGAGAGCAGCGAGUACCGGAGGUCGAUGUCGAUGCCGGCCACACCGACGACACCGGCCACGCCGACGACGCCCUCCUCCCCGCGCAAGACGAACGUGUGGCGGAGCGUGUUCAACCCGGGGAGCAACCUCGCCACCAAGACCGUCGGUGCCAACUAUUUUGACAAGCCCCAGCCCAACUCCCCCACCGUUUACGACUGGCUGUACAGCGGUGAGACAAGGAGCACCCACCGCUGAAUUAAUGGACUCUGUGCCGAGAAAGAGGAUUGGCUUGUGGGUAGAGAUCGUGUGCUGUCUCUCGUGUUUGCUGGUUUUUGUGGUCAUCUAAUGGAGUUUCCUUUUUGUUGUUCUAAGUAGCGACCAUGUGAGUUGCUACUAGGAGGCAUGAAAGGUGGCAAGGAGUGUGUUGUAUAUGCGUAAAUAUAUGAGCAUGUAUUUUGGGUUGCUACCUUAAUUAGCUAUAAUAAGAAUAAAAAUAGAUUAUAGAAAUUUUUUGGA